UAUAGUGUUAUUUUCUGUUUCUUUAGAUAUAACUGAUAAGCGCAUAAAUAAGACAUAAUAAUUGCUUAAUUGUAUUAUGUAGUUUUGAUAUCAAUGUAAUUCUUGAUUAUAAUCAUUAUUAAAUAAGAAAGGAAAAUAAAUUCAAGAUGGACUUCGAAAGCCCUGAUGUGGAAAAAGACUUUCCUGGAUUGUACGCAUCUGAAACUGGGCGGAAAAGUAACGAAAGUGACUUUAGUGACGGAGCUGACCAUGAAAAGCCAAGUAAAAAAGAUUUACUAGGGAGACGUAAAGAUAAAAAGGAAUCUAAGAAAGAUAGGGGAUAUGCUGCCUUGGAAGGUGAAAGUUCCCCGGAAGAAGACACUGAUACUAAAAGUCCGUCGAAAUCGAAAAAAACGAAAUCAUUCAAGUUUCCUUCUAAAAAUAAAGAGAAGCGCGAAAAAUCACGCGAUAAAGAAAAGACUGUAGAAGAGACCAUCAAACAUAAAGAUUACAACGAAAAAGAAAAGAAAAAGGAGAAAGAAAGAGAAAAGGAGCGCGAAAAGGAGAAAAAAGAAAAAGAAAAACGUGAAAAGUUGAAGGAAAAAGAUAAAGAAAAAGAAGAAAAAGCGAAGUUUAAAUUAGAAUCGAAAGAGAAACUCAAAGAUGAUAAGAAAGAUAAAGUGAAAGAUAAAGAAAAGGAAAAGGUGAAAGAAAAGGAAAAGGAGAAAGUGAAGGAAAAAGAUAAAGACAAGAAGGAUAAAAAGUUAACUAAAGUGCCCUCGACUGUGACUUCAGGAGUGCCAUUCGAAGAGAUUUUUACUUUAGGGGUUGCGCUGCCUAUAUUCGGAGUGCCACUUCAGCAGUCUGUGGAACGUUCCAGAUGUCACGACGAUACACUGCUGCCCUUAGUAGUUCGAGAUAGCAUUGACUUUCUACAGGCGCAUGGUCUGAAAUCGAAUCAGAUCUACCGCGCUGAUCCGGACAAGAUCAAGCUGCAGCAGCUGCGCCGGCUGUUCACAGACCGCGGCCCAACAUUCCCCUACCACUGGGAUGUGCCUGUCGCCUGCGCUAUGCUUAAAACUUUCAUCAGCGAGCUUCCAGAUUCGAUACUCACACAAGAGCUUCACGGCCAGUUCGAGCAAGCGACGGCGAUAGCGGAGCCGCAGCGCGAGGCCAGCAUGGUCGCCCUGGUCGCCAAGCUGCCCGCCUGCAACCACAACCUGCUGGCCUGGCUCAUGCGACACUUCGCUACUGUUGUCGCUAAUGAACAGGUGAAUCAAACGAACAUUCAAACGAUCACAAAUUUCAUGGGCCCAGCGCUCAACAUGUCUCAAAACUUGCUCACAUACCUCGUUGCUAAAGCGGACAAACUCUUCCCUGAUGUCCGCCUGGAAAAAUAUGUACCUCCGUUGUUAUCAAUGCCGGCGGAUUUCCCGGAGUGCGGCGAGGUGAUGAGAUGUGAGCUGCGCAAACAGGAGUCGCUGCUGAGUCAGAUACAUGCGGAGAUGCACGCCGGCUUCAUCACACCAGCGCGCGACCAGCGGCUCUGGGAGGCGCAGAGGAUCGUUACACAGCUCAAGAGGAAACUUCGAUCAGUUCAGAAAUCGGUGGAACCGAACGCGUUACCGCAACAACCUUCAAUUGAGGACAAACCGCCUGAAGAAGAGCCCAUCAAAGAAACACAGACGAACGAAACAGUCACGCAAGCAGACGUAGAAACGAUCAAAACACCUUCCACUGACACUUUUCAAGACAUAAAAGAAUCUCCAAACGUACCUGAUCCUACAUUCCCAGUUGAAUUCGAAGAUAAUUUCAAUUUCCAAACUACUGAAAUCAAAGAAACACCAGAAGAAGAACCACAACCACCAGCGGAACCUGUUAAAGAGAAACCAAAACUAACAGAAAAAGAAUUAAAAGUGUUAAGAUUAGAGUUAGAGAAUGCUGAGUAUCUACAAUUGAAAUCACUUUUACAGGCGAAGAUUAAUUCAGAACAAUUCGAAAUAGUGAAACUAAGAAGUCACGUGGCGAUAAAGAACAAACAAGAAGGUAACGUGCAGACGAAUAAAGAACCUAAAGAGAGUUACACAGCAGAUGAACAAGAGUUAAGACAGAAGCUAAUAAAAGAGAACGCGAUGUUAGAACAGAAGAGACUGAGUUUGGUGAACCAAAUAUUCCAAGAGAGGGUCGCUUGCGUACAACUCAAGAUUGAAUUGGCGAUGAACGAGAUCCUCUCUAAAUCGUAGUUAUAAUAAGAUGUACAAUUU